AUGUACAAGCCCGAACAACAGCUCCACCCUCUCGAUCACAAGGAAGAGCAGAAGACCAUCUCUUCCACUCUUGGUGAGAAGAUCUCUCAACUCGGCGAGAAGCUCUCUGGCACCACUCUCGGCUACGACAACUCGUCCAAGGAGAUCUCCACCGACACCACUAGCACCCACGGCCUGCCAAGCAAGGAGGAGGUCACCGUCCGCUGCCUCGUUGACUUUGCGAUCUACCCCAUGGGCACCACCGCCUCCUUCCAGAAGCACAUCGAUGAAGUUGAGAAGGUCCUCAAGCGAUGCGCUACUGUCUCGCUUUCGUUCUUUCUCUCUCGUUCUCUUUUUCUGUCUCUCUGCUCAGGCAUCGACUACAAGGUCCAUGCCCAGUGCACUACGAUGGAAGGCGAGAUGGGAGCCAUCAUGUACGCGAUCAAGUCCUGCCACGAGGCUCUCCACGCCAUGGGUUGCCCCCGCAUUGCAUCCAACGUUCGCUUUGACACCAGUGCGGAGAAUUACCGCCAGUUCCCUCCGGAGCGUGCCAAGGAGGAGUGA